AUGAUUAUAGUCGAGAAGCUCGUGGGCGGCAAAGUCCUGGCAAGUAUGCAAGAAAGCGACCCAGCAGAAGUAGCCAAGGCCAGUCCUAGCAGUCGUCUAUGGCUCACGCAAAACAUGUUUGAGCCGCUUUUGCGCAAGAGUGCAAAGAAGUUUGGCGCAGUUCAGGAGUUCAAUGAGACCGUCGUCCAUUACGAAGAAGACUCAGACGGUGCACUCGUUGUGGUCCAAAACGUUCAAUCUGGAAAUUAUCGCAAAUUUAGAACCAAGUACCUGGUUUCGUGCGAUGGAAAUAGAAGUGCAACAAGGAGGAAGGAAGGCAUUGAAUGGAAAGGCCCCGGAGUCCUCGGGGAGAGCAUUUCUAUCAACUUCAAAGCCGAUCUGACGCCAUAUCUCGGAACCCGUGCUAAGCAUGGCGUGACGUAUGUUUCUAAUCCUGCCAUUGAUGCUGGGUUCCGCCUGGAGAGCGGAGGCAAGGCUGGAUUCAUGAUUGUCACACGAGCAGGUGACAAAAAGUCAUUUUCGCCAGAUUCAGUCUCCGAACGAGACGCAAAGCAAUAUUUCAAGGAUGCCAGCGGUAUCGAGGACGAUAUUGAUAUCAAAGUUGACUCCAUCUCGUAUUGGUCUGUGGCUGCUUUCAACGCGGAGCGCUUUGCGAGCACAAACGGCCGAGUCUUUAUUGCAGGAGACUCAGCACACGUGAUGCCUCCAACUGGUGGAAUGGGUGGUAACACCGGUAUACAGGAUGUGCAUAACCUAGCUUGGAAGCUUGCGUACGUUUUAGGAGAAAGGGCUGGCCCUUCGCUUCUCCGAACUUAUGACGCCGAGCGGCGGCCGGUAGCUGGGUUCCUGAUGCGUCAAGCCUACUCAAGACUGCAGAAGCGGGUCUUCCGCCAAGUCCCAACAGAUCCAGAACUUCCUGACAUUGUCUGCGAGAUAGGGUAUCGUUACCUUUCUGCUGUCCCUUCGGAAAGCCAAAGCACCAACAGUGAUCACCACGAAGACCCAUAUGCACCACUAGUACUACCAGGAACCCGAUUUCCACAUGUGCCUCUCACACUAGACGGCGCUCAGAUCUCCACGUUGGACUUGAUCAAAACUAACUUCGUUCUUUUCACAACUGAUCAUUCAUCACCAUGGAUCAAAGCGACCAGAGAAAUCACACCCCAAGUAGACUCUCAUAAUAUAGGCAAGAUCAAGGGCACGCUCACGGAUACUGAUGGCAGUUUUGGUCGUAUUUGUAGAAUCUCUGAGGGGGAGGCUAUUCUUGUCCGACCUGACGGAUUUAUCGCAUGGAGAGGAAAACGGAGAGAGGAGGGACACAAAGAGACUUUGCAAAAUGCUUUGCAAGUCAUCUUAGGACUAGCCUAG